GCCUCGGCUCGGCAAUGCGUGCGAGCGCAGCGCCAAACCAAACCCCUCUGUCUUUCUCUCUCUGCUAGCGGUCUGAACAAACCAUCCAGACUGCUCACCGUUUCCUCUCGCUAGCGUUUUUAAGGUGGUUUCAGAGACCUUUUGAAAAUGCACGACCGUCUGGAUCCUCGGGCAGAGCGACGGCGAUCAUCUCGACGCGGCACGGGCGGCGCUGUGUGAGCGCGCCCGCGUUUGCUCGGCGCGGCGCGUGUGUGUCGGAACAAGCUUUUUUCGGCUUUUUGCAUUCAAAUCCUACUGCGCAACCAGACGGAUCACGUGGGACUUGGAAGUUGAUCGAUCUACACAGUUCAAUGUAAAAAAGAAAAGCAACAGAAGGUUUGAAGAAUCACCUUUUCUUUUUGAGGAAAAGGACCGGACUUGGCGCUGAAAGAAGCACGUCGGUGGGUUUACCGAGGUAUUUUUUUACGCGUACGUAAGAUGGAGACGCACAUCUCGUGCCUCUUCCCGGAGAUUUUAGCCAUGAUUUUCAGCUACUUGGACGUAAGGGACAAAGGCAGGGUGGCCCAAGUGUGCACGGCAUGGAGGGACGCGUCUUAUCACAAGUCCGUGUGGAGGGGGGUGGAAGCCAAACUGCAUUUGAGGAGGGCCAACCCGUCCCUGUUCCCCAGCCUCCAGGCCCGGGGAAUCAGGCGCGUGCAGAUCCUCAGCCUGCGGCGAAGCCUCAGUUACGUGAUCCAGGGGAUGCCAAACAUCGAGAGCCUGAACCUAAGCGGCUGCUAUAACUUGACUGAUAACGGCCUGGGGCAUGCUUUCGUACAGGAAAUACCCUCCCUGCGGGUUCUCAACCUAAGCCUUUGCAAACAGAUCACGGACUCCAGCCUGGGCAGAAUAGCCCAGUAUUUGAAAAACUUGGAAGUACUGGAGCUGGGCGGCUGCAGCAACAUCACAAAUACCGGUUUGUUACUUAUUGCAUGGGGUUUGCACAGGCUGAAAAGUCUUAACCUUAGAAGUUGCCGGCAUGUGUCUGACGUGGGUAUCGGGCACUUAGCCGGUAUGACCCGGAGCGCAGCGGAAGGCUGCCUCAAUCUGGAAUACCUGACGUUGCAGGACUGUCAGAAGUUGACUGACUUGUCCCUCAAGCACAUCUCGAAAGGCUUGGCCAAGCUCAAAGUGCUCAAUCUGAGUUUCUGCGGGGGCAUCUCGGAUGCCGGCAUGAUUCACCUGUCCCACAUGGCCAGUCUCUGGAGCCUUAACCUGCGGUCGUGUGAUAACAUCAGCGACACGGGCAUCAUGCACCUCGCCAUGGGCACCCUCAGGCUCUCCGGGCUGGACGUGUCCUUUUGUGACAAGGUCGGCGACCAGAGUCUGGCGUACAUUGCCCAGGGACUGUACCAGCUCAAGUCGCUGUCGCUGUGCUCGUGCCACAUAAGUGACGACGGCAUCAACAGGAUGGUGCGUCAGAUGCACGAGCUACGGACGCUGAACAUUGGGCAGUGCGUGCGGAUUACAGACAAAGGGCUCGAGCUUAUAGCGGACCAUUUGACUCAGCUGACCGGUAUUGAUCUGUACGGAUGUACGAAAAUAACGAAAAGGGGACUGGAGAGGAUAACGCAGCUCCCUUGCCUUAAAGUUUUGAACCUUGGCUUGUGGCAGAUGACUGAUAGUGAGAAGGUGCGGUGAAACUUGGUGGGCUCCAGUUGGGGGGGUACGCAGGGGAGG